AUGGGAGUAUUUGAUAUCUUCAGUAGCAAACACGGAUUCGACCCAACUAAAUUUGAAAAGGAGUUUAGUCAGUUGACAGCAAACAUCAACAAAACCAAACAGCAAUUGGCAAGAUUAACCCAAAGGAAACGAAGUUUGAAUGCUAGACUAGAAGCAUUUGUGUCAAUUGGCUAUGUGCUAAUCUUUAUGUACUGCUACUUUUCCAUCCCCAAUGACGUUCGUGCUACAAACCGUGUACAGAAAUUCAUAAAGGGACAAUCUAAGCAAAACAUCUAUGUUCUUAUAAUCUAUCCUUUGGCUUCGAUUUUGGUCAUCAAGAUCAUCAACUAUGUUUUCAAUUAUCUUAUCAAUCGCCAGGACCGGUAUUUGUCCAAGUUGCAAACUCAACACAAGGCCAAAAUGGAUGAAUUGAAAAAGAUUACAAACUUUAACGCCACAAACGAAUUGAUCAACAAGUAUGGUGAAAAGCAAGUACCGCAGCAGAUUCCUCAACAACUUCAAAAGGGAGUUGCUGCCGGAAAGAAGAAGAACAACGACAAGCAAGAGAAGUUGAGGGCCCAAGCUUUGAAAGAGUUGCACUUGAACGAUAAGCAACUUUCCUCAAACCAAAAGGCCACUCCUGUCAAGAACCGGGAAAAUGCAGUAAAAGCAGAAUCUACACAAGUACCAUCUUCGCACCCACGCACAUUUCAAGAUCGAUUAUUGGACUUGUUUGUAGGUUCAGAUAACUCUGAAUCAGUGGAGCAACGAUAUGCUUUAAUUUGCUCGCAUUGUUUUGCCCAUAAUGGAUUGGCACCACCUCAUUGUGAGGAUCCUCUGUUGGUGAAGUACCAAUGCUGGAGAUGUGGUGCGUUGAAUGGGAAAGGAAUGUUGUUUGGCCAUUCCAGUCAAGAUCAGCAAAAGCUGGAUGGUACUGUGGAGGAGAAGCCAUUGCAAAGGAGCAUACCUGAACCUGAUGAGCUUUCUGUUGGAAACGAUGAAAAGGAAGUUGCUACACUGGAGAAAUUAGCCGACGCUGACCCCUCCUCCCUUCUGAGAACGAAUGCUUCCGCUGUCACUACUCUGGAAUCUCCAACUUCAAAUAUUGAGGACUCAAACCAAUAG